UCACUGAGACAGUAUGCUAGCAUCUACAUUUUAUUGUUUUCACAUGUAUGGAACUAAGUGACACAUUUAACUAAGUCACAUGCCUUCCAAUGCUGCCCCCCUCCCCCUGCUUUGUUUGAGGAGGACAGAGACAUUUAUAAGGUACAUGUUGCUUUUAUAGACAAGGAAGAAAGAGAAGGGAAAAUAAUAGCUAGAAGGAAGGUGUGCCCGUGACACAUUCAGUUCACUCCAUCUAUCUCAUAAGUAUUUAUAGAAUGUUCUAGGCACCUUGUAUGUAAUGAGAGAUGUGCACACAGAAAAAGAAUACAGCAAUAGACUCCUUUGAGAGUGACACGGUAUGGCUGAAGAGUAAAAUUUGUCUUCCCUACCCCCCUGAGAGACUUAUGUAUUAGCUAAUUUUUUCCACCAAUAUUACAGUCAUCUCACCUGUUGCUUGCCAGCCUAGUGGGUUAUUAACAUCAGUUACUCUGUUUAUUAACAUGUCUUCCUUACAUUAUUCAUCCUGUAUUAAACAUAACCACCACCACCACCACCACCACCCCCGCCCGCCCUGUCACCAUCUCUUGUUUUUCCUCUGGACAGCCUUUUGUCACUGCCCUGUUACUGCGAGAGCAGAAAAAAAAUUACUGGCCUCAAAAUUAGCCCAACCCUGACAUAUGAGGUAGUAUGUUCAUUUGGAUUGGAGUAGAGAGCUAUUCGUGUAGGUAACUGAAGCUUGUGUAUGUAUCUUCAAAUUUCAGGAAGAAACCCUUGCAGUAGAGGAAGCAUGAAAGCCUUAGCUUGCAGUGACGAUGGAGGUGGAGCUCAGGAAUCUCGGAGGUAGUUAGCUCUGUAUGUUUUCAUUCUGCUGGAGAUGAUGGUGAAUAUUUCAUCUCUUGCUGCAGGUUAGUUUGGGGGCAGGAGCUUUCCUGAAGAUGACGUCAAUCCUAUCUGUGCUCCCCUUCACCACAUACCCAGAUCCACCCUUGACAGCAGCUCUGCCUGCUGAGUCACCAGUAAUUCUACGAAUUAUGUCCAGUAGCCCUGAUCCUUUGGGAACGCCCUUCUUUUUAUUAAGGAAAAAAAAGAAAGGAAGAAAAAGCUGCCGGUAUCCAGCUGGCUGUGACUUAGCCCUUGGUAAAGAGAUUGCAGAUUGAGAGGCUGCCAGGCUGCUCCUGUGUCUCACUUCUUCUCUGUCAAGACCAGCUGAGGCAACACAGCUGGAAGCCUCCCUGCUUUGUGAAGAGGUACUUUGUGUCGGAAGGGGAAGCAUAAGCACAAACAUAAUUAGGCUUUCUGAGCAGAGGGAAUUAGUUCUUUGUGACUAGUGAAUGAUUUCUGCCAUUUCAGGUCAAAAGUAUUGUCAACUAACUGAAUAUACCGGGCUUCUUCAUUUCCUAUGACUUGUUCUCUUUGAAGGUCACAUAGCAAAGGAGACCAAUUUUUUUUUUUUUUUCUUAAAGUCUUGAUGCAGACCUGAUGACAUGCAGAAAGCUUAAGGCCAGAUACGUUGGAUACAUCUGUACUGAGAUGCAGGUCUGGAGCUGGGCCUGAUUGGGGGAUGCCAAAUGGAAAUCCAUGCGUUGCAUGGUAGGUCCUACAGGUAUGGAUCUCUGGCAGCUCCUGUUGACCUUGGCAGUGGCAGGCUCAAGUGAUGCUUUUUCUGGGAGUCCAGCCACACCAGCUAUCCUUGUCAGAGCGUCUCAGAGUCUGCAGAGAGUUCAUCCAGGCCUAGAGACAAAUUCUUCCGGGAAGCCUAAAUUCACCAAGUGCCGUUCACCUGAACUAGAGACUUUUUCAUGCCACUGGACAGAUGGGGUUCAUCACGGUUUACAGAGCCCAGGAUCCAUACAGCUGUUCUAUAUCAGAAGGAGCACUCAAGAAUGGACUCAAGAAUGGAAAGAAUGCCCCGAUUAUGUCUCUGCUGGAGAAAACAGCUGUUACUUUAAUUCAUCUUAUACCUCCAUUUGGAUCCCCUACUGUAUCAAGCUAACUAGCAAUGGUGAUACUGUGGAUCAAAAGUGUUUCUCUGUUGAGGAAAUAGUGCAACCAGAUCCACCCAUUGGCCUCAACUGGACUUUACUGAACAUCAGUUUAACAGGGAUUCAUGCAGAUAUCCAAGUGAGAUGGGAACCACCACCAAAUGCAGAUGUUCAGAAGGGGUGGAUAGUCCUGGAAUAUGAAUUGCAAUACAAAGAAGUAAAUGAGACCCAGUGGAAAAUGAUGGACCCUGUAUUGUCAACAUCAGUUCCAGUGUACUCAUUGAGACUGGAUAAAGAGUAUGAAGUGCGUGUGAGAUCCAGACAACGAAACUCUGAAAAAUAUGGCGAGUUCAGUGAGGUGCUCUUUGUAACACUUCCUCAGAUGAGACCGUUUGCAUGUGAAGAAGAUUUCCGGUUUCCAUGGUUCUUAUUUAUUAUCUUUGGAACAUUUGGACUAAUGGUGACAUUAUUUUUAUGCAUAUUUUCUAAACAACAAAGGAUUAAGAUGUUGAUUCUACCCCCAGUUCCAGUUCCAAAGAUUAAAGGAAUUGAUCCAGAUCUCCUCAAGGAAGGAAAAUUAGAAGAGGUGAACACAAUCUUAGCCAUUCAUGACAACUAUAAACACGAAUUCUACAAUGAUGACUCUUGGGUUGAAUUUAUUGAGCUAGAUAUUGAUGACCCCGAUGAAAAGACUGAAGGAUCAGACACAGACAGACUUCUAAGCAAUGACCAUGAAAAAUCACUUAAUAUCCUUGGGGCAAAGGAUGACGACUCUGGACGUACCAGCUGUUAUGAACCUGACAUUCUGGAGACUGAUUUCAAUGCCAAUGACAUGUGUGAUGGUACCUCAGAGGUUGCUCAGCCACAAAGGUUGAAAGGGGAAGCAGAUCGCUUGUGCCUUGACCAGAAGAAUCUAAAUAACUCACCUUCGAAUGAUGCUACCCCUGCUAGCCAGCAGCCCAGUGUUAUCCUAGGAGAGGAAAACAAACCAAGAUCACUUCUUAUUGGCAAAACUGAGUCAACUCAUCAAGCUGGCCAUACACAGCAACAGCUCAGCAAUCCAAGUUCAUUGGCAAACAUCGACUUUUAUGCCCAGGUAAGUGACAUUACACCAGCAGGGAGUGUGGUCCUUUCCCCGGGCCAAAAGAAUAAGGCUGGGAUCUCCCAGUGUGACAUGCAUCCAGAAGUCGUCUCACCCUGCCAAGCAAACUUCAUCAUGGACAACGCCUACUUCUGUGAGGCAGAUGCUAAAAAGUGCAUCGCCCUGGCCCCUCAUGUCGAGGUUGAAUCACAUGUAGAGCCAAGCUUUAACCAGGAAGACAUUUACAUCACCACGGAAAGCCUUACCACUACUGCUGGGAGGUCUGGGACAGCAGAACGUGUUCCAAGUUCUGAGUUGCCUGUCCCAGACUAUACCUCCAUUCAUAUAGUACAAUCUCCACAGGGCCUCGUACUCAAUGCAACUGCCCUGCCCUUGCCUGACAAAGAGUUUCUCUCAUCAUGUGGCUACGUGAGCACAGACCAACUGAACAAAAUCAUGCCAUAGCUUUUCUUCGAUUUCCCAUGAGCUACAUAUUUAAUGAGUUACCUAUUUACUCUAGCAAAGAGUUGGCUAGGGCAUGAAUGCUUAAACCAAAACAAUGUUUAAACAUUUUUUGGAGGGGGGUGGGAGUUGAGGGUGGGGGAUACGGAUUCUAAAUGGCUUUUCCUGAAGUGUUGAAACAUGAUAUUAAAGAAAAAGAAGAAGAACCCUUCAUCAGAUAGAUAUUCUUGUUGUGAAUUGUAAAUAUUUUAAAGAAUUGUCUCAAAGACUGUUUAGUGGCAGUGAUUGUCUUGUUAUUGUGGGUGUUAAUUUUGUGCUACUAAGCAUUGAAUGGCUAUGUUUUUUAAUCUAUAGUUAAUCAUGCUUUUUGAAAAAGCGAAAAAUCAGGUGGCUUUUGCAGUUCAGGACGAUUGAAUGCAAAUCAUAGCACAGGCUAAUUUUUUUUUAAUAAUUGGGAACUAAAAUUUUAGGUAAGAAGACAAGAAAUAGUUUGGAUAUGUAAAACAUUUAUUUUGACAUAAAAUGGAUAAAGGUAUUUUUAAUAAUUUACACUUUAAGCAUGGCUAUUUUCUAUUACACUAUACACGGUGUACUGUAGCUCAUGCCGACCCAUCUAAAGAAUGUAGUGACUGCAGUCUAAAGCUGGUUUAAUGCUUUGGUCAACGCACCUGAAGAAAAACUAGUUUUUUACAAGGCCCUUUUUAUACCUCCUAAAACUCUUUAAAUGAUUCUAAAAUGAUUGUAGUUAGCUGCAUUAUUGGAAUGUGUUCAUCUUAUCUGAAUUUGUAAACAGAUAUUUGUUAAUUUAGAAAACUUUAAAAUGUUUGCACAGAUCAACUUAUCAUGAACCAAAAAAACCCAAAAAAACAAAAAAAAACCCACAACACAAAUGAACAAAAAGGCUUUUCUUACCCAAGUUUUGGUUCAUGUCAGAGCACUGCAUACUAAGAGAAUAGAAAUCAUAGCUGGUUCCUAUUGACCCAGAAUGCUUAAUCACUGCAGUGCACGGGGAAGGAGUUUCUUAGUGCGCUCAGAUCAUGAGAGUCAAGCCUUAGAACCUCGGCCACAGUGUCUCUUAGUUCAUAUUUACCUAAGGAAGGAAUAGGUACAAGAAGCAUUUUGUAAGUUGAAACUGGUCGAAGUGAAGUUAACCAGAUCAUGGAAUAAAAGUUCAAGAAAAAGCUUUUUCUUUCACAGCCUAUAGCCAGACACAUACUCAUUAUUCAUGGUAGCAAAAAAAGAGAAAAAACAAGAUUUUAAAUCCCCAAGAUAACUAAAAAAUUUAUUUAAACCCAUAGCAGAAACUUUCUUCCUUACCAAAUCUUUUAUAGGAUUUACUUAAAUAAAAGAAGUUUCAUCAUUUUUUACUUCCCCUCUGAGUGGAUUGGCCUUAAAGCGGGUAGUCAGAAGAAAAAGAAGCAGCCUGAGUAAAUUAUAAGUUAUUGUUCAAUAUCUUAAUAACCUAAACAUCAUUCAUAGGAGCACUGGGAUUGCUCCUCAAAAGGUUUGUCAAAAAGAGAAGACUCAUCUCACUCAAGAAUGCUUCUCACUUAAGUAUUUUUUAAAGGUUAAUAAAACUUUAAAGUUAGCUUUAACUUAAAUAGUAUUUGCCAUACCUUUUUAGGAAACAAGCUUAAUAGUUGGCAAUUUUAAAUUCCCUCUUUCUUGCAGGAAGGACAGUGAAAAGCUAGAAUUGGGUGUUUAAAGUUCAACAUGUUACUUUGUAAUAGAUGUUUAAUAGAUUUUCUGCUACCUUGCUGCUACGGUUUUCUCUAAGAGCUACAUAAUUUAGUUUCAUAGACAGUUUCAUCAAUGUAGAACCUAAUUCAACUAAAAACUGUGUGUUUGGGAAAACUAUCUUACUAUUUUACAAUACGCUGACAACAUUUCUAUAGCCAAAAAUAGCUAAAUACCUCAAUCGGUCUCCGAAUGUCAUUUUGGUACUUUGCUGGCCACACAAGCCAUUAUUCACUAGUAUGACUAGUUGUGUCCUGCAGUUUAUAUUUAACUUUCUUUAUGUCUGUGGAUUUUUUUCCUUCAAAGUUUAAUAAAUUUAUUUUCUUGGA